AUGCGCAUGACUCGUGCGGCCCUGCGAGCCCAGGCUCAAGAGGAAGCGCAGCUCAUUUACGAAGAUGCUGACGCGAAUGCGAAUAAUUCGCUACAGGAUGAUUGCGCCGACGCCAACGCGGACCAGGAUCUUGUUCGGCCCCCAUUGAAAGACAUCACCACCGAGAUCAACCCUUCGACCACCGAAGACCCUUUCACCGACGAACAGGUUGAGCCCAUGCUGAAAGCUAAGAGCAGGAGGAAAGGGCGCAAAACAAAGGAUGACGAGGUGGGAGAAGAGUCUGGCAAGGGAGAAUCGGACGAGUCGCAGGAGCUGCACCCUGAGGACGCGAAUGACAGCCAUCACGUUGAAUCCUCUGGAGCCAAAGACAGUAUACAGGACACGCGACCAGCUCUCUCCGUCGAACAUGUUACUGUCCACAACGAAGUAACAGUAGGGACGGUAGACGCGACUCGGGAAGAGCAAGGGGUGACCGAGUCAACUUUUACCCCACAACGCAGCCACACCAGUCUUCCAAAGACGCCCAAAUUCGAUCCAACAGUGCAUAAAACCAUGGAUGAGGUCACGUCACCUGCUCCAGACACUAUAGAAGAUUCAUUUGUGGAGAACAUCACGUCGAGAACCCCCGGCAGGUUGCAUACUCUUUUGAAGGAGAGAAAGUCUUCAGAAUCCUUCGCCGACCGGGUCAGCGCCCGAACACCACGCAUCGAAGACUCUGUCGAAGCAAUUGAUGCUCUAGAAGAUGCGAUUGAGAAAAUUUCAGAGACCUUGCCUGCCUUGGACGAACUCAAGAUCGAAUCUCCAGUCAAACCGCGAAAGACCACACCAGCCCGCCUCAAUCUUCACGCGGGCACACCUGCUGUAGACCCUCAGAAAAAGUUGACUGGUCGGCAACCAGCAAACCCGUCUCGGCGCCCUCCUCAGCAUGCUGGAGCAGGUGGUGCAUCUUCGACGCGCCCGAAAUUGACCGCUGCCCGUGGAUCUUCCAUCAAUCCAACAGCUAAAGUAGCUACCGUCGCAAAGCCGACCAAGAGACCCGUCGUCGAUAGCCACAAGUCUAGAGUGUCUUCGAGCCAGAGUGCAGCACCGCCGCUUUCGUUCUCUAGUUCUCCUGUUAAGAACCUCGCGAACACAACCAAGAAACAGCCAGCUACUGGCCCGCUGUCGACCAGCAAGCCCGGAUUCGUACCCUCCAAAUCUACCAAGUCUCCCACGAAGCCGAAGUUUAGCCUACCAGGGGAAGCGGUGGCAGCUAAACUGAAGGCCCAGAGAGAAGAGCGGAUGAAGCGUGAGGAAGAAGCUGCCAGUGAGAAAAAGUCCUUCAAGGCGAGACCGGUGCCCGCUAAGAUAUCUCGUCCGAGUGUUGUCCCACGAGAGAACAAGGCCAGCCAAGCAAGGAUGAGCAUUUACGCCACUGGAUUAAACAAGGAGAAUGUUGAACCUAAACCGGGUGUAGCAAUCCAGCCAAAACCACGCCCAACAUCGCUGGGUCCAAAAUCAAAAGCCUCGGAGGUGGCAAACCCGAAAGCCAGCGUCCGUCGCACUACCAGCUCCGUCAAUCCUCGAGCCUCAAUUGCCCAGCUGGCGAAUGGCCAGAAGUCCAUGGUGACCAAAGAAGAUGUCGUCCAACAAAAGGUUAAGGGCAAGGAGGUCUUUGAACGGUCAAAAGCCGAAAUGGAACGCCUAGAGAAGGAGAGGCGCGAAAAGGAAGAGGCUGCUCGCAAGGCCAGAGCGGAGGCGGCAGAGAGAGGUAGACAGGCGAGUCGUGAGUGGGCAGAAAAGCAGAAGAAAAAAAUUGCCGCUAAGAUCCUGGCAGCAAAAGAGAAGGCGGGUGGUGUUGGGAACCCGGCGACUCAAGGACAGACCAGUGCUGUGGCGCUUGCUUCAUGA